UGCCCGGGGGCAUCGCCUCCGAGUCCCUCACCUUCACACCACUGGAGGACAUGAUCUUUCUGAAGUGGGAGGAACCAGUGGAGCCCAACGGCCUCAUCACGCAGUACGAGAUCAGCUACCAGAGCAUCGAGUCCUCUGACCCGGCCGUCAAUGUGCCCGGCCCGCGCCGCACCGUCUCCAAACUGCGCAACGAGACCUACCACGUCUUCUCCAACCUCCACCCUGGCACCACCUACCUCUUCUCCGUCCGAGCCCGCACCGGGAAGGGUUUUGGCCAGACGGCGCUCACCGAAAUCACCACCAACAUCUCGGCUCCCACCUUCGACUACGGGGACAUGCCAUCGCCGCUGGGCGAGUCGGAGAGCACUAUCACGGUGCUGCUGCGGCCGGCGCAGGGCAGAGGGGCUCCCAUCAGCACCUACCAGGUCAUUGUAGAAGAGGACCGGCCCAAGAAGCACAAGCGGGAGCUGGGGGGGCCAGAGUGCUUCCCGGUGCCCCUCACCUUCGACGACGCUGUGUCCCGUGGCUCCGUGCACUAUUUUGGGGCCGAGCUGCCUGCCAGCAGCCUCACUGAAGCCAAACCCUUCACCGUGGGGGACAACCAGACCUACAGCGGGGACUGGAACCCGCCACUGGAGCCCAAGAAGUCCUAUCUCAUCUACUUCCAGGCCAUGAGCAACCUCAAAGGGGAAACCCGGCUGAACUGCGUCCGGAUCGCCCGCAAAGCUGCCUGCAAAGAGAGCAAACGUCCCCUGGAGGUGUCGCAGCACUCAGAGGAAAUGGGGCUGAUCCUGGGGAUCUGUGCCGGAGGCCUCAUCGUCCUCAUCAUCCUCCUGGGAGCCAUCAUCGUUGUCAUUCGGAAAGGGAGGAACUACUAUUCUUAUUCCUAUUACCCCAAGCCCGUCAACAUGACCAAAGCCACCAUCAACUACCGCCACGAGAAGACGCACAUGAUGAGCGCCAUCGACAGGAGCUUCACCGACCAGAGCACGCUGCAGGAGGACGAGCGCCUGGGGCUCUCCUUCAUGGACACCCACAACUACAGCAACCGGGGCGACCAGCGCAGCAGCGUGGUCAACGAGUCCAGCAGCCUGCUGGGGGGCUCCCCCCGCCGCCAGUGUGGCCGAAAAGGGUCCCCAUAUCACACGGGGCAGCUCCAUCCCGCCGUGCGCGUGGCGGAUCUCCUCCAGCACAUCAACCAGAUGAAGACGGCGGAAGGCUACGGCUUCAAGCAGGAGUACGAGAGUUUCUUUGAAGGCUGGGAUGCUUCGAAGAAGAAAGACAAGACCAAAGGGAGACAGGAUCACAUUUCGACAUACGACCGCCACCGAGUGAAGCUGCACCCGCUGCUGGGCGACCCCAACUCGGAUUACAUCAACGCCAACUACAUCGAUGGCUACCACAGGUCCAACCACUUCAUUGCCACACAAGGGCCCAAGCAGGAGAUGGUGUACGACUUCUGGCGCAUGGUGUGGCAGGAGCACUGCUCCAGCAUCGUGAUGAUAACCAAGCUGGUGGAGGUGGGCCGGGUGAAGUGCUCCAAAUAUUGGCCAGAUGACUCUGAGAUGUACGGGGACAUCAAGAUCACCCUGGUGCAGUCAGAGACGUUGGCCGAGUACGCUGUCCGCACCUUCGCUCUCGAGAGGCGGGGUUACUCAGCCCGGCACGAGGUGAAGCAGUUCCACUUCACGUCCUGGCCCGAGCACGGUGUCCCUUACCACGCCACGGGGCUGCUGGCCUUCAUCCGCAGGGUGAAGGCGUCCACGCCGCCUGAUGCCGGUCCCAUCGUCAUCCACUGCAGCGCUGGCACGGGGAGGACCGGCUGCUACAUCGUCCUGGACGUUAUGUUGGACAUGGCCGAGUGCGAGGGCGUCGUGGACAUCUACAACUGCGUGAAGACCCUGUGCUCGCGGAGGAUCAACAUGAUACAGACGGAGGAGCAGUACGUCUUCAUCCACGACGCCAUCCUUGAAGCCUGCCUGUGCGGGGAGACCAGCAUCCCUGCCAGCGAGUUCAAGCCCACCUACAAGGAGAUGGUGAGGAUAGAGCCGCAGAGCAACUCCUCGCAGCUGCGGGAGGAGUUUCAGACCCUGAACUCGGUGACUCCUCACCUGGACGUGGAGGAGUGCAGCAUCGCCCUCCUGCCCCGCAACCGGGAGAGGAACCGCAGCAUGGACGUGCUGCCACCCGACCGGUGCCUCCCCUUCCUCAUCUCCGUGGACGGAGACAGCAACAACUACAUCAACGCGGCCUUAACCGAUAGCUACACCAAGAGCGCUGCCUUCAUCGUCACCCUGCACCCGCUGCAGAACACCACCACGGACUUCUGGCGGUUGGUGUACGACUACGGCUGCACCUCCAUCGUCAUGCUCAACCAGCUCAACCAGUCCAACUCCGCCUGGCCCUGCUUGCAGUACUGGCCUGAGCCGGGACUCCAGCAGUACGGCCCGAUGGAGGUGGAGUAUGUGUCCGGAGCGGCGGAUGAGGACAUCGUGUCCCGUCUCUUCCGAGUCCAGAACAUCACACGGUUGCAGGAGGGGCACCUGAUGGUCCGGCAUUUCCAGUACCUGCGGUGGUCGGCAUAUCGAGACAUCCCGGACUCCAAGAAAUCCUUCCUGCACCUCCUGGACCAAGUGGAGAGGUGGCAGAAGGAGAGCGGCGAUGGCAGGACAGUGGUGCAUUGCCUGAACGGAGGUGGCCGGAGUGGCACCUUCUGUGCCUCCACCAUGAUCCUGGAGAUGAUCAAGUGUCACAACAUGGCUGAUGUUUUCUAUGCUGCAAAGACCCUCCGCAACUACAAGCCAAAUAUGGUAGAGACCUUGGAGCAGUAUCACUUCUGCUAUGACAUAGCACUGGAAUACCUGGAGUCCCUGGAGACCAGAUAG